AUAAAAUUUUUUACUGAAAUGAUACUCGUUUGCUCAUCUCAGGCCUGGAUAUCUGGAGCAGAUAUUCUAUAUGAAAUAUCUGCUAAGAUAUUUAAUUCAAUAUUGGAUAUCUGCUAAGAUAUUCGACUCUCGGCUAAGGAAUUCGCAAAGAUCCAAAAAUAUUCUGUCAGACGCUCCCGCCUGAGGCGAAUCAUAAUAUUAUUAAUCUUUAGAAGGCAAACAUGAUUGAGCGGCUUCAUUUUUAUUUAUCCUCAAAAAAUGGGACGUAUUUGGCUGAUUUGGAACAAAAAUUUUCACAGUUUGAGAAUAUUAAAGACAUUUUGGAAAGCAGGCCAGAUUUAUUUUGGCUUGCUACUUACAAUGAAAACUGUAUCGAAGUUCGAGCAAAGUUGAAUGUAAAGUUGUGUUACUCGUAUUUAAAUAGCACAUGUGGUGGAGAUUGUGGUUGUUUACAUAUAUGUAAGGAUAACUUAUUAUCAAGGAAAUAUUGUCAAAAUCCUUGCAAGUUUGGAUUUUCACACAAUCUUAUGGAUUGGCAUAACUGGUCUUUGUUGUCAAAAUACAAAGGAUCUAAUUGGGAACUUUUACUGAGGUCAUCUUUUCCUCGGUUAUGUACAUCUUUUUCAAGAAGCGGACAAUGCGAAAAGUUAUAUUGCGGGUACUUUCAUUUGUGUUCAGAUUUUGUCAGAGAUAGAUGUGUUGGUGAGUGCAAGUUAGCUAACUCCUGCAACCAAAGUAAAAUUAAUCUUCAUAAUUGUGGUAACAAACAUAACAAAAAAGUGUUAAAGAAUUUCGAUUUAAGUUACUUAAAAGGUGAUCGAAAUGUUCUGCUUGCCAAUAUUCUUAUGAAAAAUGAUGGUGCAUUCAAUGCAGCAACUGGGCCGGAUCUAAAAUCAUUUUACCCAAGGUCAACAACCAACAAUACUUCUGAAAAUCCAAUUUUUAUAUGUGCAAGUUAUUUGAAAGGAGACUGUAGGAAUCCAUCUUGCCCACGAUUACAUAUGUGUAAAGGAUUUUUAAUAAAUGGCAAUAAAUGCGCCACAGAAGAUUGCCGGUUUGGAUUCUCCCAUGAUUUACGUGAUGGUAGUAAUAAAAAAAUUAUAAACCGACAUAGUUUAGAUUCUUUUUCUGACUGGAGAUUAUUAGAACACAUAAGAAGUUUAUUUCCUCGUAUCUGCAAGAAUUAUCAUAACGGUACUAAUUGUACAUCUGAACAGUGCAAUAGAAUUCAUAUAUGCCCAGAAUAUUGCUCUGAUUCUUGCAGUGCACAUAAUUGUAAGUUUUCACAUGACCUGCGAGAUGAACACAAUAAUAAUGUAUUACAGACUUAUAAUUUGCACAAUAUCAAGGAGAAGGGAAAAUUCACUGAAAAACAGUUAAUUUUAGCAAACGUACUUUACUCAAAAUCCAGAAGUAAAGCAAACAGGAGUAGUGGUACCCCUUCCAAUGAAAAGUUAACGUUAUUAAUGUGUAAAUUUUAUUUGGAUGGAAACUGUAAACAAAAAAAUUGCCCUCGAUUACAUAUGUGUAAAGAAUUUUUAAUUAAUGGUAAUAAAUGUGUUGCUGAUAAUUGCAAAUUUGGUUUUUCCCAUGAUCCAUUAGAUUCUCAUAACACAUUUGUAAUGAAGAAAAAUGGAGUUGAUCAACUUCCAAGCUGGGUGUUACUUGAGCGUGUUCGUAAAUCAUUCCCACGUGUGUGCAAAGACUACCUAAAUGGUUCAUGUUUGGGUGUAACUUGUAGAAGACUGCAUAUUUGUCCUAAUUAUUGCAACAACAUGUGCGUUGAUGCAGACUGCACACUUUCACAUAACCUUAAAGAUGGUCAUAACAUGCCCAUAUUGCAAUUUUAUUCAUUGGACAGAAUAAAAGGAGGCACAGAAAAGUUUAUUCUCGCAAAUGUUUUAAUAUCGAAUUAUGCAACACAGAAAAAUGGUGAAUAUUGUCGUGGGUCUAGUCUGUCUAAAAAUAUUAUCAAAUCAAAUUUAAAGUUGUCCAAAAAUGGUGGUUCUGCUUUUUCAUCAAAUUCAACUUUGUGCAAGAAAAAUGAUUUUAUGAAGUCAUCAAAUUCGAAUUCAUUCAAGAAAAAUGAUUCUAUGAAGUCAUCAAAAUCGAAUUUAUGUAGCAAAAUAGAUUUGGCUUCAUCAAAUUCAAAUUUAACUGGAAAUGUUGGUUCUCAUAAGCAUGAAAGUGGUGUUUCUGGAAAACAGGUGAAAAGACUUAAUUUAGAAGAAAAUGUGGUUUGUAACGAUUCAACAGUGCUGAAAGAUCAUUUUAAUUGGUUAAAAGAGGAAGGUAUUUGUUCCAGAUAUUUGGUCAGUGAAUGUGAAGCUAAAUCAAGUUGCCAUUUGAUUCACCCAUUUUUAAAAUUGCCUUAUCUAUGGCAAUAUAAAAGUGAAGAUAACAAUGAAGAAUGGAAAAGCUUACCUGCUGAUGUAAACAUGGAACUGGAAAAGAAAUACUGUGAUCCAUCUUCUUCAUCUGCUGAGUUUGGUGAAAUAUAUGUUUUGUUCUCUCCUAAAUGUCUAUGGUAUGGUCACUAUCACACCAAAGAUGUGUCUGUGCGUCGUCUGUCUACCAUAUCCUCUGUAGAGACCAUAACUGAAGAAGCGGGAGCUACUGAGUGGAAAUGGUACUGGCAUAGUGGUGGUGACACCUGGAUAGAAUAUGAUACUUAUACAACAAGCGAUGAUAUAGAGAGAGAUUAUUUAAGUAAAGCUUUAAUGCACACAUUUAAAACGAAGGAGUAUAAAUAUGAGCUCACAUUUCUUUUAAUGGAACAAAAAAAUCUGGAUGAAAAAGUUCAGACAAAGCGAGAGGUCCGAAGAAGACCAGUAUAUAAAGACCGACAUUUAAUAAGAACAAAGAAAACUAGCCUUACUUUAACUCCGAAGCUUCCAGCGCAUUGGCCAAAGAAGUUUAAACCUGGGGAAAGGAUUCCUGUGGAUAGAUCAAUCUAUGACUCACUUGAAAGAUCUUUAAAGGCGUCCAUGACCACCAAUGUGCACGUCAUUAAUAUCGAAGAAAUCUGUCAUGAGGAUCACUCUGACAGAUAUGAGAGAAAAAAGAAAGAGCUAACAAAGAAAGUGCCGAGCGUGAAUGAAAGAACGCUGUACCAUGGCACCGAAUACACUGUUGUUAAUGCCAUUUGUGCUCAGAAUUUUGAUUGGAGACUAUGUGGAAAGAAUGCAACUGUGUAUGGCCACGGCAGUUAUUUUUCUACGUCUGCAGAAUACAGUCACAGUUACACAACUCCUGAUAUGGCUGGUGUUCAUUACAUGUUUAUUGCUGAAGUGUUGCUAGGUCGUUUUACUACGGGCAACUCAACAAUGAAACGUCCACCACUUAUUCCUAAUUCAGAACUUGAAAUCUAUGAUAGUUGCGUGAAUAAACUUGCUAACCCAUCCAUUUUUGUGGUGUUCGACCGAGAUCAGUGCUAUCCAAAAUAUCUAAUUUCCUACACAAAAUCUAAUGUGCCGUCUAUUAGCACAACAGACCAAACAUUCGCAUCUUACUUCCAUGGAUCCUUUGUUGGUUCUUGGCGUUCCGUGCAAACUACAUCCAGCAACAAUUUAGUCAAUCCGCCAUCUUGUGUUUAUCAAAGUAAUCUGUAUGGUUUCCCUAGCAGUUUUGCACUAUCCGGACAUGGUAUGUUGCCUACCAAUAGUUCAGUCAACCAGACAUCUGGCAUUCCAUCUGCAGAUGCCAAUUUUUACCCAGCCAUAUAUGAUCGGGACUGAAGUGAAUAUUUAUGAGCUUGUAGUGUAAAUACUUAGAUUAAGCACCUCCACUCUUCUAACAGAUCCUUUGAAAAAAACCUUUUUUUUUACCACUUCAUUAUCACAUAGAGGAGGAGGUAAACUCUCUUACCAACUUACUUUUCUAUUAUGAUUUCUAAAAUAAUAGCGCUUGAAUCUUAGUCUAUGACAGUUUACAUUGUAACAUGUUUAAAGUUUGCUUAUGCUUUCGCAUUUUGCUAAAUGGUCACAAAUUUGUAGCUGAAACUUGUAAAAUUUCACAGGAACUCAUUUCCCUGCACAAUUAACACAGCUACAAGGCAGUUGGUUUUUAUUUAUGUUUGUAGUUUGUUCUAGCCUGUGAAAUGUAGAUAAAUCAUAUUUAUCAAUUUUCUAUAGUUUGUAAACAAAUAAGCAGCAAGGAAUUUAUUAUUUUAUUUAAGUUUCUCGUUUUGACGAAAAAGGGUAGCUUAUAUUUUCAUAUAAAUAUUAUGCUUCAAUUUUUUUUUGUUUUGUGUUUUUUUCCACACACUUUUGCAAGGUACGACUCAUGUUCAUCAGACUUUUGCUUUUGUUUUUGUUCUGCACACAGAAUGCUCUCAAACAUAGAAUUUGCAGCUGUUUUAAAAAAAUAAAUCCUUUAGAAAGUGUUGUGAAUCAUUGAGGAGAUUGCAGUAACUUUUGACAACUUUACACACACGGUUUGUCAUCACAAAAACGUCAAUCAAAAGGUAACAAUACAGAGCUACCCUACCUUCAAUGCCUUAGUGAAAACGUCAUUUAAUGUCAUGCUCAUUUUAAAGCCCUGUGCUAUUUUAAAAAUGGUCACGAAUACGGAACGAAAGAAAUCACCUGGAAAAAUAGUUUUAUGUGAAAUAUCUUCGUAUUAUUUGCGAUUUAAUUUUAUCUAUUAGAAUAUAUUAGUUAAAAUAAAUAUAAAAAUGCGGUGAACAAUCGAAAGUUACAAAUAUGCUGAAUAUGAUGACAAUGUAAAUAUCUGGAGCUUUCAACACCUUUAUUAAUAAAAUAGUUUUUUAGAACUUUUAGCUUUAUAUAUAUUAUUAUAAUAUAACACCUUUGUAAAAGUUUUUGAGGUGAGUACAUAGUUUCUGAGAAUAAAAGAACAGGUUGGCCAA